GGAUCUCGCUACUUCAACUCCUUUAGCCCCAAGCCUUCCACAUUACUCUCCAGAAGAAGCCGGCAGAAGACCCCAUCGAGCUCUACGGAUCUCGAAGAAUACUGGGAGUGCCAUCCUAUACGCUCUCGAAGAGGCCCUGCGACGCCCCAAUCCCUUUACCCCCGAUUUGGUCGAGGAGAACGCCUCGAUGUCAGAUCUUAUCAGCGGAGGGCCGUCUGCCUCCGUUGAUAAUGGACGAACUGGAAAUGGCAGGACCCAAACUGCUCCAGGGACGACUGGGUCGCCGAGCAUAAGGGGCCCGAGGGAUAUCAUGCGCGAGCGCGCAGCUCGAGAACGGCGCAGAGCAGAGGAUGCCGCGAGGGAAGAAAUGGAAAGGAGGCAUGCUGAAGACGAGGCCCAAUUAAUAGAGGAGUCCAGACGCAGGACUGAGGAGAGAAGGGUAGCUGCUGGCGCUGCAGCACCGCAGAGAGGAAGCGGAGAGGGAGGCCAGCGCGGAUCUGGAGGGACGGCCGGUCAAAGAAUUUCCGAUAAUUCACAAAGGUCAGAACACAGAUCUGGUGACCAGCUAGCAGCGGGUGGCGAGAGACCUCAAGACCAACCUCUACAGGGAGUAGGAAGAGGAGGUCGUGCACUCGGAGGUGGUGAUGAAGCGCCACCUUCAAGUAGACCACGACCUAUCGCUCAGCCCCAGCAACAGCCUAGGCCUGUUCAGCCAGAAACAUCGGGACCCCGGCCAGCUCAGCCGGGCCCUUCUGCUGCUGGUCCUUCAGGUCCAGCACCACCGCAAGGAAGCACCGGUGGCAGCGCUACGCGAUCAUCUUUUCCUCAUGCUUUCGAACGUUGGGAGACACUCUCAGCGCAUUGGGAAGGACUCACCUCGUUCUGGAUCCGGAGGCUCGAAGAAAACAGCAAUGAGAUCAACAGGGAACCUAUAUCUCAGCAACUUUCGAGGCAGGUGACAGAUCUUUCGGCCGCUGGAGCCAAUCUUUUCCAUGCGGUUGUAGAGCUGCAGCGUUUACGAGCUUCGUCCGAAAGAAAAUUUCAGCGCUGGUUCUUCGAGACAAGGGCGGAACAAGAACGUGCCCAAGAGAUCCAAGCACUGACCCAGGCAAGCCUCGAGCAAGAGCGCCAAAUACGAGCUGCGGCGAUUCAAGAGGCCGUUGAGAACGAGAGGAGAAGGUCGAAUGCGGACAAGAAGCUUGCAGAAAUGAGGCGUGAGCUCCAAAUAGCCAAGGAGGAGGCGAGACGGGCCUGGGAAGAGCUUGGACGGAGGGAGCAGGAAGAGCGCGAGAGAACAGCUUCGUUACGAGAAGGCCAACCUACCAUUGUUGGCGGCGUUCAAGUUGUUCCGAUGAUGCAAGGUAUGCCAAGCAGACAUGGGAGCACCCGUGAGGGGCCAUAUCCCGGCGGACAAGCUGCCAAGGAACCCGAAGGUCCAAUUACUACCGAUGUCGCAUAUCAGCCUUACUCCCAAGCCCAACCGCCUGAUCCUACGGAUCCCUUUGUAGAAGAGGAAACGACCCCUACUGGUAGAGGAGUUCGAGCACCAACGUCCGAACCUUCGCCCUACGCGCAAAAAUACUCUCAAGCUCCGGCAGUUCAGCCAGCAUCGACCCAGGCCUUCUAUCAACAACACCAAGGCACGUCUCUCCAUCCCAUUGACCCUACCGGCCGAUCUGAGCAUGAUCCAUCUUACGGCCCUUCCGGCCGCUCGGAAGGCGCUUCAAGCGAGGAGGAAUAUGAGAUCAACGCUGAAGGUCAGUUCGUCCGAGAUGUCAAGGGCGACAAAAUCCGGUACCAGCAGCCAGUUUCUGACGAUGAUACAGACGAAUACGACGUGACUGCAGCCCGGGAGCGUGAGCUAGCUUACCUUCAGGAGUACGGGCGACAACCGGUCUCGGGAGUAGAAUAUGGUUCAAGUGUGCCGGCUACAGAACAACCCAGGCCCCCUACCAGCCGCCCGGCAGCGCUGGAAGGCCCAGUCGAUUAUUCAGGUGAAGGAUAUGGCUCGGGGCCCGGAUGGGAGGCAGUUCCUCGACAUCACCACCCAACCAGACUGAGUGAUGUGUUAGAGGAGGAUGAAUUCAGUAGGACAAGCGCAAGCCAAGUCAGUCGACGGGAGUAGAGCGGACACAAAAUUACUUUUCCUUUGUCUUCUUUAGAUUUUCAUCUUGAGCGAAGAGAGUGACUGCGCGUCAUUUUGCGAUGAUUGGGGCAGCAUCAGUUUGGCGUCUGCGGUGUUGAAGCGUGGAGAUCUGGGGAAGAUUCUGCAAGUAUGUGUGAGCAUGAGGCGCGCGUCUGUAGGACUAGGACUAGCUUUCAGGAACUGGCUAGCAUAGUGACAUAGCUGUUUAGAUACUUAAUUCAUGAGGAGAGGUUAAAUUUCUGAAAUGCGU